AUAGCCGAUGCUUUGGCCAUGCCCGUUCACUGGUACUACAACCCUGACGACAUCAAAGAUGGAUACGGAGGCUGGCUAACAGGAUUUACUGCACCCGCUAAACACCAUCCUUCAAGUAUUAUCACGGUAUCUGCCACUGACAGCAGCGGGAGGACUGGCUGGGGAGAAAAAUCAAAACCAGUAAUUGGAAAUAUCAUUCUCCACGGCAAACUGAAGUACUGGACCAGUCAGGAUCGAUCUAUACACUACCAUCAGGGUAUGAAAGCAGGAGAUAGUACUCUAAACUCCCUGAUGGCGCUACAGAUGCUGAAGACGAUGAUGAAAAUUGACCCGAAAGGCGUAAUGAAUGAACGUGAAAUGAGAGGUCAUGUCCUUGAAGAUUAUGUGAGUUUUAUGACCACACCCUCUACACACAAUGACACUUACGCCGAAUCCUUCCACCGAUCUUUCUUCAAGGACUGGUCAUCAGAGGAAAGUCCUCCGAAGACUGCCUCAGACUUGUUAAGAUGGACAGAAGCAAGAUAUGUCAAGAAGUCCAAGGGUUCUUCAGACCAUCAACUUGUAGUGAUUGGGUCCAUCGUUCCGGCUGUACCCUGGAUAAUACGAAACGCUCACAAGACUGAGUCGGAGUGUGCUGAAUCCACAGUGGAAUUUAUCAAACUGACCCAUCCUGAACCGAGCCUCGUUCCAUAUAUAGACAUGUACGCAAGACUUCUUCACGGGGUCAUCAAUGGCAAAGAUCUUGUUGAAGAGGUCAAUAAGUGCAUGGAACGGUCAGAACUUGGGGGAUCAAGGAAGAAAACAAUGAUACAAGGUUUUUUGGAGCAUGCUAGCAAGUAUCCUCAGGGAUCGGAGGACCAGUUAGGACGCUGUCAGUCAGCAGUAAGCCGGUUAGGGUCGGCAUGUUAUAUAGACGGCGCUAUGAGUAGCCUUCUCUUCCUCGCUGCACAAUUCAACGAAAACUUCAACACAGGUGUUCUUAUGAACGCGAAUAGUGGAGGAGAGAAUUGUCACCGAGGGGCCGCUCUAGGAGCCUUAUUAGGGGCAGCAUCUGCUUACAAGGGACAGAGUAUUCAGCCCUCUCUAAGAGACGGUUUGGGGUCAGCGAGGGAAGGGCUUCUUCAAGUCCUUAAAGAUCUACAAAGUUCAAAUUUAUAGUGAUGAACUUACUAAUUUAUCUUUAACUUAUUACUGGAAACUACACAUUUUACAUGUAUACAGACUUAUUGUCUUAAAAAAAUGUGAUAUGAUAAUUUUUACACUGAAAGCAUACAUAUUGUAGCGGUAAUCUUAUUAUAGCUUUUUCAUAUUGAAAGCAUUCCACUUAAUUAUGAUUGCGCUGAAUGCAAUUUCUGUAUAUUGUUUUCCUCAGAAUGUACUGCUGAUGUGCCAAUUUAUCAGAUAUGAUCUUUUGCACUAAAAAUUAAGUAUGUGAAAAUAGGGAAAUUACAGUAUAUACACUGGCAUAUAUUGUACUUAAAUAUACAUGUAUAUGUACAUAUAUACCAAAACGUCCACCUUGAAACAUGGUUAACUCGAAGACUCAGAUAAUUUUUUUUUUUUUUCAUUGUCCCAGCUGCUUCGAGUACAAGAUGUUUGACUGUACAUCAAAAUAUUAAAAUUGUCUGGUCAAUAUAUAGAAAAAUAUAAAAUAAUAUAAAAUUUUCAUCUUGACCAUCUAAUAUAGCAGCAAGUCUAAAUAACACAUUAACAUUGUAUUGGGAAAUCAGGCAAAAUUUACAUAAUGUCUACGCACCCACAUGAGGAGCUUUAUGAAUAAAUUUUUCAGGUGAGUCCUGAACACCGUUUCCAAAGAUACACAUUCUUUUUGUAAUUGGCACUUAAAAUUUGAGUGAGUCCCACAGGGUGCACGUUGUCAUAACAGUGAAUACAUUUUGACUUAAAUUUAGUCUAAACUAAGAUUUUGCUUAGCAUGUUUUAUGAUACACUUAAUAUCGCGAUAUUAGCUAAGUAAGUUUACUCUCAGCUAAGAUUAUGCUUAGCAUGUUUCAUGAUACAUUUAACAUUGCGAUAUUAGCUAAGUAAGUUUAGACUCAACUAAGAUUAUGCUUAUCAUGUUUCGUGAUAUACUUGAUAUUGCGAUAUUAGCUGAGUAAAAUCUUAAAACUUAAAUGCAAAUUUAGUGUUAGGACCUUUUCAUGAUCCCAGGGGUCAGGAUCCCUGGGGUCAAACAUCCAUCAGAGGACAACACUUUAUCGAUGUAUAGAUGAGGAAAUUUUGAAAUUCUAAAUCUCAUGGAAUGUUAUUUGUUGUGCUUUACAAGUGAUAUUUACUUAAUAUUGUCCUAGAUUGAUGAUGUAUAUUUUGUUUUUGUUGUUGUAAUAUUACUCAUUUCAUGAACAAUAGAUAUUGUAAAGUCUCUUUUCAAUUUAAACAUGUGAUACCAGUAUUCCAAAAAAACCUACAUUUUUUGUGUGUUUAUAUUUAUAAUUACAUAUUAGAGACGUACAUGUACAUUACAUAUAACAAAAAGUCAUGACAGUUCAAAUGUCUUGAUUUUGUUCUGAAAUGAAUAGUAAGUCCCUAAACUGUCUUUCCCAACAAACUGUUUUAUAUUUAACUCUUCCCUAUAUAUGAUGUGAUAUCAUGCUACCAUUUUUGUAUAUCUGUUGGUUUGUCAGAUGUGUCAUAUUAUGUACUUUUCGAGAAAAGAGUUUUAAAUUACUUAUUUAAAAAAAGUGAAUUUGUUCUGAACACUGAAAUACAUUCAAU